GCCAUGGGCGCCCUGACCAGCCGGCAGCAGGCGGCCGUGGAGGAGGUGGACAUCCCCUGCGGCUCCGUCUACCGCUACCCGCCCAAGUCCGGAAGCUACUUUGCCAGCCACUUCAUCAUGGGAGGAGAGAGGUUCGACGCCACCCAGCCCGAAGGCUACUUGUUCGGCGAGAACAGCGAUCUGAAUUUUUUGGGGAACCGGCCAGUGGCGUUUCCGUACGCCGCCCCACCUCCCCAGGAGCCAGUCAAGACCCUCCGGAGUUUAAUCAACGUCAGAAAGGACACGCUGAGGUUGGUCAGGUGUCCCGAAGAAGCGAAGACCCCCGGGGAGGAGGCGAACAAAGCCAAGGUCCAGUACAACGUGGAGUUCACGUUUGACACCGACGCCCGGGUGGCCAUCACCAUUUAUUACCAAGCCACAGAGGAGUUUCAGAACGGCAUAGCCAGCUACGUCCCCAAAGAUAACAGCCUGCAGUCGGAGACCGUCCACUACAAGCGCGGGGUGUGCCAGCAGUUCGAGCUGCCGUCUCACACCGUCGACCCUUCUCAGUGGGCCGAAGACGAGUUGGGCUUUGAUCUGGAUCGAGAAGUUUUCCCGCUGGUGGUUCACGCCGUGGUGGACGAAGGAGAAGAGCAUUUUGGCCACUCCCACGUGCUUCUGGCCACUUUUGAAAAGCACACAGACGGCACUUUCUGCGUGAAGCCCCUCAAACAGAAACAAGUGGUGGACGGGGUCAGCUACCUCCUCCAGGAGAUCUACGGGAUCGAAAACAAGUACAACACACAGGACUCGAAGGUAGCUGAGGACGAAGUGAGCGACAACAGUGCCGAAUGCGUGGUCUGCCUCUCGGACGUCCGGGACACCCUGAUCCUGCCCUGCCGUCACCUCUGCCUCUGUAACACCUGUGCUGACACCCUGCGUUACCAGGCCAACAACUGCCCCAUCUGCCGACUGCCUUUCCGGGCCUUGCUCCAGAUCCGGGCCAUGAGGAAGAACCUGGGACCAUUGUCCCCCACCGGCUUCAACCCCAUCAUCUCCGCCCAGACCUCCGACUCCGAGGAGCACUCGUCUUCGGAACACAUCCCCCCGGGCUACGAGGUGGUGUCCUUGCUGGAGGCCUUGAACGGACCCCUGACCCCGGCCCCGGCCCCGGCCCCGGCCCCGGCCCCGGCCCCGCUCCCCAGCCUGGCGGAUGGCCACCUGGCAGGGAUGCUGCCCUCGUACGGCAGCGAUGGCCACCUGCCGCCCGUCCGGACUCUCUCGCCGCUGGACCGCCUGCCGGACAGCGGCGGCCCGGGCCUCAAGCUCAAGAAGAGCCUGUCCAUGUCCACCUCCCAGAACUCGUCCGUCUUGCACGAAGAGGAAAACGAACAGUCCUGCAGCGAGUCCGAAUCCUGCCUCUCCCAGAGGAGGUCCCCUCGGCAGCACGGAGAGGAGCGAGGCGUCACCCCGGAGAGUGAGAAUCUCACCUUGUCUUCAUCGGGGGCCAUCGACCCGUCAUCCUGCACCGGGACGCCCCUCUCCUCCACCAUCUCCUCCCCGGAAGACCCGGUGAGCAGCAGCCUGGGCCAGUCGGUCAUGUCCAUGGCUUCAUCCCAGAGCCAGCACUCACAACUCAGCACCGACACUGUCUCCUCCAUGUCCGGUUCCUACAUCGCUCCCGGCCCCAGAGGGGAGGCAGAUGCCAUCCCGUCUCCCCUGGCUGCCAGUGGGGCCCCGUCGGAGGAGGAAGAGCUGACCCCAGUGGAGUCCCCAGAUGUCAACUUCCUUGGUGUGCGCCCCGAGGAACGGGAUGCAGAGGGGAAUGAUGUCUUAGAGGAAGAGGAUACAUCUUCCACCCAGGAGGACGGCCAGAGGACAGGCUCAUUCCUAAGUAUGGAGUGUGACAAUAACAAUGACAUCGCCAGUGAGAAAGGUUUGGACAAUAAGCUGGGCUCUGAUGUCUGUUUACCCGCAGCGGUGCCGGAGUCCUGCCCCGUAAACAUUGACGAAUAGGAUGCUGGCGGCCAUUGUGGAUGCCGUGGACCACAGGGACGCCCAGGGCCCUGCCCGCUGGCCCUCAGCCUGGUAGACCCUGGUCAAAGGCCCCUUGGGAGGGGCUCUGAGGCUGCCUCCGGGGUCCUAGGGCUCUCUCCUCCCGCCCUUCCUGUCCCAGGGCUCUAGCUCCUUCCCAGGGUCUUCCCCGGACCCCACCUUUCUGGGGAUCCCCACCUGGGUCCACUUUUGAUAUUCCCUUAUCUCAAGGCACCCAGUUCCACCCCCUCCCGGUUCCCAGCUUGGCCCAGAUUGGUGGAGUUGAACCCCUGGAGGUGAACCUCAGCCCUUCUAGGGGGCUGGAGGUGGGGGGGUUCUCAUUUUUCCUCUCCUCCCUCCUCCAUGCCCUGGCAGGAGCUGCUGGAGGCCUUCCGUGUUUCUGUACUUCGAGAUUCUGUACUUCCCUCUGCCCGUAGCCCUCGGCUCAGGCUCAAACUCCAUCAGAUCAGCCCGGGCUGGGGGUCCCUGGCCUCCGUGCCCCCCGCCGGUCCCCAGGACUCCCCCAGAGGAGCAAUGUGCAGGGAAACUUUAUCUUUCUGGAAGCGUAGAGGCCGGUGUCUCCUCACCUUUCCACUGCUGCGGCCUCUGCGGGUGACCGGGCCUCCAUCUAGGGGGUAGAGAACACCGGCCAUCUCCAACCAGAACUCCGGAAAAAUGACUUGGCGCAAAACCGACAGGAAAAGCAUUGAUUCCAGCCAGGAGGCGGUACCUAAUGUGCUCUUGGGUUUCUGCUUCCUUGACUCGUUGGUCGCAGUUGUGGUAAGGGGAUUCCCAGGGCCUGUGAGCCGGUAACAGGAGCUGUGUUUAGCAUGUGGGAGGGUGUCUGUGCCCCCCUCAAGCUAUGACGACUGUCACGCUAAGGGGGGCUGUGCACCCCGAGAAUGGUAUAUGUUUACCUUGCAGAUACCUCCCUCCGCCUUGGUGUUCUGGGAGCCCCGGGGCCCAGAAUCAACCUGGAUAUGGGUUCUCUGCAAGGGCACAGCCUGAGGGAGAGCUUCCAGCUGGAUUUCCCUCUGAUCUCCAACCUCCACCCACCCGAGUCCCUGGCAUCCAGGUCUCCCCCACCCUCCAAAGCUCUUCGAGUGGUGAGAUAUAGCCAAGCAAUAAUGUGGGCCUGGUCUCCAGCCCCUGCGGCAGCAGUGAGUGUGAGCGGGGACCCCCCCCACCCCCACCAACCCUCACCAUCAGCUUUCAGGCAAGAAAGGGGGCCAGAGACAGAGCUAAAGCCCCCAGGAUACUGAAAGGAGGUCAAAGCUCCCCACCCCCAGUCAAGGCUGGUUGUCUUGUUAUAAGUUGUCUGGUUUACCUCCUUUGUCAGCAGGAGGAUUUAGGGAAGGAAACUAGGGCCCCGAUAACAGCCCAUAAUGACCCUCGCCUCAUUUUCAGAUACCCCCACCCCACUUCUUCCACCAUACGUACGUAC